AUGAAUAAUCCCUCUCAAUACAUUCGUUUUUACGUUCUCUAUGUCAAGAAUUGUCCAGCUGUUCAUCGACAACCUCCAGCUAUUCCUCUCGGUUACUCAUUGAUUAGUAAAAUGGCUACAAUGAGUGCAUUAUUUCAAAAACUUAAUCCAAGACCAGAAGCUACCGCUGCUAGUCUUAAACGCGAAGCAAAUGAUUAUCUACGACGUGCAACUAAUCUGGAAAAAAGUCAACAAUACGAUGAAGCAUCUGUUCUGUACAAACGUGUGGUUUCCUUGAUCAGUUCACAUGAGAACACAUCUGCUGUCGAUGAAGAAUUAAAUGCAAUGAAACGUGAUGCCAAUCAACGUUUACUUCAAUCUUCAUUGCAACAAAACCGAUCAAAAGAUUCCAACAGCAUCUAUCAAAAUAUGGUUCGCCAAUUGUCAGAUCAUGUGCCGCAAACAAUCAACGAGCAGGAUUUAACCGAAAUGGCUGAACAGGUUUUCGAAGAUCCGUCAGCAUUCGAACCAGUCACUUCAGAUAUGACACCAGAGAAUAGCAAUGCAACUGUUUUGUUUCAGUUAGAUGAAGGAGCACGACUAUUUUAUAUAGCGAAAGAUGGAUCAAUUCAAACUACAUCUGAAUCUUUACCAUUGACAAUAUUCGAAAUGAGCGAAGGAGGUGAAACAUGUGGUUUAUUGAAACUAGGUAGUUGGAUCUAUCCACUACAUCCAAAAGUAUCUCCAUCAUUCAAAACUGGCUAUGAUGCGUAUAUCUUUCCGAACAAUACAUCCAUUGGAGAAUUUGUUGGUCUUAUGUUCGAUGAAUCGGUUGUACCAGAUAUUCGUCAUUUCUUUGAAGAUGUUCUCUCGAAACUUUCAGUUUUCAUGGCUCAAAACGGUACACCAACAUAUGGCGAGUCUCUAACUGCUGCUUCAACAAGUGGCGCUGUCAAAUUAGCUGAAAAAUCGGCAACGAACAAGCCGGAAUUGGUUGCAACAGUUUCCCGUCAGACAAAGGAAGCAUCGACUAGAAAAGCUGAAAUCAUCGGCGAAGAAGAAGCUGCUGUUGAAGAAGAACUUCCUUAUGAUACAAAUACAGCAAGUGGAAAACUUGCCGCAGCACUUAUUACUGGAACGAAAUUUUUAACAAAGCAAUUAGCAACAGGUGUUGUUAUGGCUGAAAACUUAAUCGAACAAGUAUCCAAAAAUGUUCACGAUAAAAUCGUACCUAAUGCUGAACCAACAAAAGUCAGUAAAGGCUUACACGUUACCGCUCGUGGUUUACGUACUACAUCGGGUGUAGCCGUUAAAGCAAGCACCUAUGUUGUAUCGAAAGUUGGUUCGAUGACAUUGGCAUUGGCACGGACAUUCGCUCCGAAUCUUGGUAAAGUCGAGAAAAGAGUUAAACCAGAUGGUACAAUCGAAACGGUUAAAUUAAGCGGUCUCCGAGGUGUUGGACACGCUGGAUUAAUCAGUUUCGGUGUUAUUUAUGAAAGCUGUGAGAAUGCCGCAAAACACUUGGCAGCGAAUAUCGCUAGUGAAAGUGUCAGUGUUGUUAAGCAUAAAUACGGUGAAGAUGCUUCAGUUCUAACUGAAAAUGCAGCAUAUGCAAUUGGUAAUAGUGCAUUAACAGCAUAUUAUGUUGGAGGACUUGGUCCAAAAUCCAUCGCCCGGAAAGUAGUUAAACAAACAGCGCAACAGACGGUGAAAAACGCUUUCUCAUAA